AUGCCUGCCAAUAAAAAUUCCCUUCGCAACCUAUCGACUACGAUACCUCAAGUGUUUCAAGACUGCCAGAAGUCAACCGCCAAUCACCGUAAAAAUGUAGCUACCUUACGUAAAAUACAAGAACAGUGUGCUGCUGCUGAUUCUGUUCAAAUAUCUGGAAACGGUGAAGGUUCCUCUCGUAGUGCCGCCACGUCAAUUGCUGAAAAAACUAAACGCAUUCGCGCUUCUUUGACAAAAGAAAAUGGUGAACAAGCAUUCAACCAAGAAUUUAUACGAAAUUUGAAUAAACUACUAGCCUUCAAAAAGAAAGACCCGUGCACUGAUAAAGUCAUAAAAUUCGUUGGGUCAUUUGUGCAAUUUACAUUGGAAAAAGAAAUUGAAGCUGCAAAGGAUAAUAAAGAAUCAGAGAAAGAUCAAGAGCCUGAUAUAUGUGAUACAAUAUCUUCGAGAUUCGUUGAAUCCAUAAUUGGACAUAUUAUAAAAGGCAUUGAUGCAAAAGACAAGAAUCUAAGGCUUCGCGUUUGUCAAUUGAUUGUUCUUUUUGGCCCAAAAGCCAUUGAUGUGAUUAGUGAAGGUUUAUUUGAAAAAUUAAAAAAGAAGUUAAUUGAGCGCGUGCGUGAUAAAGAAGUAACAAUACGCGCACAAGCAGUAAUUGCAUUAUCCAAAUUUCAGAGUGAUAGUGAACAAGAAGUGACAGAUAAAAUGCUCAACGCAUUGCAAUAUGAUCCAAGCCCUGAAGUACGACGUGCCGCCUUGCUUCAUAUAAAUUACUAUGAAAGAACUAUACCAUUUGCCUUGGAACGUGCGCGAGAUAUUGACCAGGUUAUUCGCAAAAACGUGUUUGCAAAAGUUAUGGAAGACAUUGGAGAUUUUCGUAUUUUGAAAAUAGAAGAUCGCGAAAAACUUUUACAUUGGGGACUUACUGAUAGAGAUCCUGCUGUUAAACAGGCUUGCAUUAAAAUGCUUUCAACAGUUUGGAUCGAACAGGCAGAUAAUAAUUUGCUAGAGUUUCUGGAAAGAUUAGAUGUUGUCAGUAGCAGCAUUGCCAAAGAAGCUUUAUUGGCAUUUUUCGCAGCACGUGAAGACUUAACAGAAUCUUUACAAUUCAAUGAUUCAUUUUGGGAUGAUUUGACUGUUGAAAAGGCAUUUCUUGUGCGGGUUUUUGGUGAAUUUUGUAAAGAGGAUAAUGGGAGAUUUGAUGAUAUAAUGCCUGAAGUGACGCGACUUGCAUUUUACAUACAAAAAUACAAUAAUUGUAUUAAUGAUUCUUUGGAGGAAGAUCAAGUAAAUUAUGAAUUUAUUGUAGGGCAGUUGUUGAUUAUCGCAGGGAUAUUAGACUAUAGCGAUGAAGUUGGAAGACGAAAAAUGUUUACUCUAUUACGUGAAAUGUUGAUGCUUCCUCAAAUUUCUGAUGAUCAUAUUGAACUAAUUAUGGGAGUUAUGAAAAAGACAACUAUUAAUGAAAAAGACUUCACACGAUCGAUGAUCGAAAUUAUUUCGGAUCUUCGUGAAAGUUAUGAUGAGAUAUCCUAUCGAAAGGCAGCUCAGACUGAGGAUGAACUUACUGUUAACAUGUCACACAUUAGUAUUAAUCCGUCUACAAUCAAAGCCUUGAGAUCUCCUGGUCGUGAAAUUUCUCAAGAAAGGCCCGUUUCCCCUGUUUUUUCGGAUGAUGAUGACGAAAAAGAUCCAUCGAAAGCAAUGUUAGUAGACUUGAAGUGUCUUCAAAUAGUGCGGUGUAUGCUUGAAAUAAAUUCGGAGAGCUUGCGUGAUAAUCCAUCUGUAUAUGGUUUAUUAAACGAUCUUGUUGCGCCAAGUGUACAAUCUCAUGAGCCAUUGAUCCGUGAAAUGGGUGUUCAGUGUUUAGGCUUAAGUUGUUUGCUCGAUCAAACAUUAGCUCGAGAAAACUUGCUGUUGUUCAUACAUUGUGCCAAACACGGAAAUGAAUCACUAAAAGCCAAGUCAUUGAUGGUUAUUUUCGAUAUUUUGAUGGCAUUCGGCUACACAAAUAUGGGACAUUCCGAGCAAAUUCAAAAUUUGAUUAAUUUGUCUUUGAAUGAUGAGACGCCAGAAGUUCAGGCUGUUGCAGUUGAAGGUGUAGCCAAAUUAAUGUUAUCUAAAGUUAUACAAGAUAAUGAGAUCCUUCAAAAAUUAGUCGUGUUAUACUUUAAUAGUGAAACUAUUGAAAACCUUCGUCUAAGACAGUGUUUAAGUUACUUUUUACCUGUAUAUUGUCAUUCUUCUCACAAGAACCAAAAAGUUAUGCAACAGAUAUUUGUUCCUGCGUUUAUGAAGCUGAAUCGAAUUCACAUGAAUAAGAAUAAAAAUAAAGAGAUGACAUCACCUAUACAAAUAGCCCAGCAAUUGAUCGAUUGGACAAAUCCCAAUCAAAUCGUAAAAUCCGAAACUAAUCAAGAAGACAUUGAUUAUGGUCUCCAGGCUGAAAUUGCAAUUGACAUAUUAAAAGAAUUAUUCUUGGAACAAAAUAGGGAGACACGCAAAUUGCUAUGUCAGAUACUCCUUAAAAUUCAUAUUGAUGAAAAUGCUAAUAUUUUGCGAUUAAAAAAGCUUGCAUUCCUCACUGGCAAUUUAAAACAGCGAAGACCUUUGAAAGACGCGAUAGCUAAAAACGCAGUCAACAAAUUUGAAAAUUCGCUGCUUCGAUAUUUUGAUGACUCGUCAGAAGCGCUAGAUGAUGACGAAAUUGCGCAAUUAGAUGAAAUUAAAGCGUUCGUAGAGGAUAUUGAAGACGAUGAUGAUUACUCUUCAAUUGAUAUACCAAUCCGUACUAGUCGAGCCCGAUCAAGUAAGGCAACCGCUCUGGCAAAUCUACAUAAAGAGAUAGAUGACAUCCUUGACGAAGAUUCCUCAGAAGAGAGCUAA